AUGGAUUCACUAAAAGCCUUGCUGACAACUCCAUGUGGCAUUCGUCAUACUAAGGACCACAUGAUCAUCUUACUUCUCUACGUAGAUGACAUUAUCCUUACAGGGCCCAAUGAACAUCACCUUGCUUCUUUCAUUUCUCAACUUGGACAGGAAUUUGCAAUGACUGAUUUAGGGAGUCUGCACCAUUUUUUGGGAAUUGAGGCAACGUGGUCCACCACCGGUUUGACACUCUCUCAAACAAAAUAUGCAGUAGAUCUUCUUAACCAAACUGGUAUGAUCGGAAGUAAACUAUGUACAACACCAGUCUGGUUAGGCUCCAAACUAUCAACGGUACAAGGGGAACCUUUACCAGACCCCAAAGAAUACCGUACAAUUGUUGGCGUGCUUCAAUAUCUCACCAUGACACGCCCUGACAUCUGCUAUGCCAUGAAUCAGGUUUGUCAACACAUGCAUGCCCCAACAACAGCUUAUCUCGUUGCCGUAAAGCGUAUACUACGCUAUAUCAAGCAUACAGUUGGGACUGGUCUACAUAUCCAACCGAGCCCUCUAUCUCAGCUUAUUGGCUACUCAGACGCUGAUUGGGCUGGAUGCCCUGACACUCGCCGUUCAACCACUGGCUUCUGCACUUAUCUAGGACCUAAUCUGAUAUCUUGGGGUUCAAAGAAACAACCCACAAUCUCAAGAUCAAGCUCAGAAGCCGAAUACAAAGCACUGGCUGUCACAAUGUCAAAACUAUUAUGGCUCUCAUAUCUCCUAGCAGAUCUAGAUGUUCACUUGCCUCUCCCAUUCAUCCUCCGUUACGACAAUAUACCAUCUACUCACUUGGCAGCAAAUCCAGUACUACAUGCCCGAACAAAACAUAUAGAGGUGGACUACCAUUUUGUUCGGGACUUGGUAGUCAACAAGAAGGUCCAUAUUAAAUUUGUUCCAUUUUGA